UCUCCUUCCUUCUCAGUCCCCUCCUCGGAAGUAGACGGUCCUGUCUAUAUUCCGUUCAUUUUAUUUUUUAAUAUCAGUUUGGAAGGAUCCCUUUAAGUUUUUUAAGCCCCUGCCAGAUUCUAUGUCGAAAAUGGAGGCGAAGAUGGACGCGUAAAAAGAUGACGGAGUCCGAUUUGCUACUUCAUUUUACCUCAGUUUAAUGGACCGGAUGAUCUGCGUUUCCCACAACCUUGCAGGGGAGGUAGCUGUAUCCAGUGGGGAGGUAGGCUUUUCCAGGGUUCGUGAUGAAAUUUGCCGAACCCCUGGAGAGCCAGAAACUGUCUUCUCUUUUGGAGAGGGCAGUUUCUAGGGAAGCCAAACUGUGGAAGGUUCACGUGCCAAAGAAACCUACCAACCAGGAUACAGAUAUUUCCCCUGAAAAGCGUGAUGAAGCCGUUCGGUGGUUGAGGGAAGUUCACUCCCAGCUGAAGCUCUAUCCAGAGACCCUAUGCUUGGCCAUCAGCAUACUGGAUCGCUUUCUCUCCGCCAUUAAGGCCCGCCCUAAGUACCUCCGCUGCAUUGCCAUCUCUUGUUUCUUCCUGGCUGUUAAGACCAAUGAGGAAGAUGAGCGGAUCCCAUCUCUGAGAGAUCUGGCAUCCAGCAGCAAAUGUGGCUGUUCUCCAUCAGAGGUCUUGCGCAUGGAGAGAAUUAUUCUGGAUAAGCUGAACUGGGACCUGCACUCUACCACUGCACUGGACUUUCUUUACAUCUUCCAUGCGAUGGUUUUGAGCUGUAAGUCUGGGCGCCUCACCACGGUGUUGUCGGAUUUCAACCCGUCACAGCAUGUGGCUCUGCUUACCCAGCAGCUCCUCCACUGUCUGUCCCAUAAUGCCUUGCUGCACAUGCGUGGUUCGGUGCUGUCCCUCGCCCUCAUCACGCUAGAACUGGAAAAACUCUGUCCUGAUUGGCUCGCUCUCACUGUCAACCUGCUUCGCAAAGCACAGAUUGACAGUUCACAGCUGAUUGGCUGUCGAGAGCUGGUUGCACGUUGCCUGUCCACACACAAGGCUUCCCUGCCUCCUAACACUGUAUACAUCUGCCAUCCCCUGCCUCGUGCUCCGGAUCCUCGGGUAAGGGGAGCCCUGUCCACCCGGCAGGUCUCCCCCGAUCCGACUGCACCGGGCUGUGACCCUCAUCGACCCACUGACCCCAACAUUACCCGCACCAAGCUUCCACUUCACUUCAAGUCCUCGGCCAAGCGGAAAGUGGAACACAUGGAGGUGGAUGAGUAUUUUGACGGGAUCAAGCGUCUGUACAACGAGGAAAAUCCCCAGGAGGGGGCGCUCCCGUGCACGGGUGAAGUGACCCGGCAGAAGGCUGGCUCCUCCCCCUGCCCGCCUCUUCAACCUGUCAGCGAAACGUAGAGCAAGGAAUUGCCUGAAUAAUCACACAACCGCAGCGACGGUGUUUAUCUGUCGACCUCAGAGCAGAAGAGAGCCAAAAAUACUAACAAACAUAUAUGCUGCAUGAUGCUGUUUCAUGACCAUUUACUGUGCAUAAAGGUUUAAAAAGCUAGAAAAAAAAUGAUAUACAGGAAAAAAGGUUUGGAAAAAAAGUAGAAAAUAUUCAAUUGUUGCUGUUUGUCUCUUUUAUCUGUAUUGCCAACUCUAUUAUUUUUACUGUCUAUACUUCAUCCUUAAUUUUUAUGUCUGUCUGUUUUUUUUUUGUCGAUCAGCCCCCAAACUUUUUUAAGGGCUUUUUAUUUGACGUUUCAAUUAAAAUAGCCGUGGUUAAAGAUGUAUAUUAGUUUUGUACCAUCUCCAUUCUCUUGGUCCAUGGCUUGGCCUUAACACUUGUUGUGAUGUGUGUGUGUGUGAGCAAUGAUUGUGUGUGUGUGUUGGAAGGGUGAUAAUUUCCCUAUCACUUCCUUAUAACUGAGCAUUAAAAGUGUUAUACAUGGCCUGAUUGAUAUUAGAUGAAUUGUUUGUCAAUUGUUCUUAAGAUAAUAAUAAGCUGUGACUGUGUUAUAUUGAGUAGAAUAAAAUGCAAAAUAAUAUUCUGAACGAAUAAAGCUUUAGACCUUCACCAUUCCUUUGCUAUACCUGACGCUCUCGUCUGCUUUGAGGUGAUGAUGAUAAACUGGACUGCUGCAGAGAAACCUCCCAAUGCUCAAAUAAAUGAAAAAAGUACUGAA